AUGAACCAACAAAAAGGCCAAACCGAGUGGUUCCCAGUAACAUCAGGACUGAAACAAGGCUGUAUGCUAUCACCUCUACUCUUUUUAGUGGCCAUAGACUGGGUCAUGAGGGAAUCCACCAGAGACCAGAAUAACGGCAUUAGAUGGAAUAUGGGAAACAAACUGGAUGACCUAGAUUAUGCCGAUGACCUAUGCCUUAUCUCUUCCACUCAUCAGCAUAUUCAGGAAAAAACAACCAAACUGCACACAACAUCUACAAGCCUAGGACUUAACAUCAAUUUAAAGAAGACCAAAAUAAUGAGAAUAAAUGCACGGAACAAGAACUCCGUACAAGUAAAUGGAGAGCCUUUGGAAGAUGUAGACGCCUUUACAUACCUGGGCAGCAUUAUAACAACAUCAGGAGAAUGCUGGAAGCUCCGGAAAGACCUCACAAAGAAACUGAGAGUAUUCGUAAACCGAUGCUUACGGUCCAUAUUCAAGAUCAGAUGGCCAAAAGUAAUAUCUAAUAACGAACUCAGAGAUAUGGCAGGUCAAGAAGGCAUAGCCGUGGAAAUCGCUAGAAGGAAGUGGAGAUGGAUCGGACAUGUGCUCAGAAAAGACCAGCACGACAUUACCAGAGAAAGCAUCUUCUGGACAGCUGAUGGGAAAAGGAAAAGGGGUAGGCCUAAAACAACAUGGCGAAGAACAGCAGAGAGUGAGCUGAAAAAGAUAGAGCUAACAUGGAAAACAGUGGUGGCAAAAGCAAAGAAUCGGACUGGGUGGAGAGACUGUGUGGCUGCCUUAUGUGCCACCUGGCAUGAAGAGGCCUAA